CAUAAGUACAUUUUUGUGUUCCGUUUUCUGGUUAAACUUUGGGCCGUGCACGUAGGCAUAUCAGCUUUGAAUAGUAGUGAAUUUAACUGAAUAAAAACGACUGUUUCGCUCUCAAAGCAUUUGCUGAUGUUGCAGACGGAUGUAACAAAAAGGUUAUUAUGCUCAACCAUCGAUGAAUCUGUGAACUUCAACUUUCAAUAGAUUCACUGUAAAGUAUAAUAGACUUGUGAGCACACACCGAGUUUGCAUCAACUGAUAUAGUUCGACAGUCGUUUAUUGGUAAAAGAACAUCAUGAUGGCACAGACGUCGGUCAGCAAGUUGUCAGCUUCUACCCAGCGUAGCAACGAUCGUGGAGGCGGGCCUCUGGGAGGAACACGUCCAGCAGCCCGCUACGAAUGCACUUAUAAAAUGGAACCCGAUCUACAGUUCAUGUCACACAAAGCUUGUGGUAUCAUUGAAGAUGUCUUGGAAAGCCAGCUUCAGGAUACGAAGUACGACCCCGAACGAUGUCCGCACCUUUGUCGUCAUCUUGCAGACACUAUCAAAAAUAAAGUCAAGGAUUUGCAGUUCAGCAGAUACAAAAUCGUUGCCGUGGUUACUAUUGGAUCCCUUAGUAACGGUGCAUCUUCAUGUGCCAGUCAGUGUGUGUGGAAUGACAAGUUCGACACUUACUCAGAGUUCACUUACAAGAAUGGCUCACUUUAUGCUCUGGGAACAGUGUACGGAAUAUAUCAAGAAUAACACUUCUUCGUUUUGAAAGUGACACUGGCAAAUAUUGACGCUGUGACUGUAUUGCGGUCUGCUGUGAAAUUUUACAUUCUCUCUUUCUAACGCUGAUGAUAUACUCCAGUCAACCAUAAAAUGGAAGUCAAGUAGCAAGAAACGUCCUCCACAAUGGCUUGUUUGCCGUGACGGCGCAAGUUUGAGAGGAAAAGCGAAAGUAGCUUUAGUACAAGUUAUAACUGUAAAUUGUAGAUUUAAAUGAAAGGUGUGUGUAUCAAUUUAGUUGUUCUUAUUUGAUGGAAUGCUUCAUUUUUUAUGAGAAGGAGCGCAUUAAAUUUAUGAUUUUCGUUAAAUAUAUCAAAAACAAUUUAUUUUAAGGAAGAACAAAGCCGACUUGUUCAUAAACUUUGUGAAGUAGGCCUACCAAUAAUUGUCACAAUAAAUAUUUGUAUCUGCAAUGCUGACAUCCACAUGCCAUGGUUACAAACAAUACUAGGUACACUCACUUGGUACAUUAUGCGCUGUACAUAAACUUCAAGAUAACAUGACAUUUUUCCAAAGGUUUAUUUUACAAAUAUUGGGAUUGAGCGGACCUUCAAAACACACGUUUAAUUGUUUGAAGUAAGUUUUGAAAGUGCAUGGGGGAAAUAUAAUAAAGUCAUUGAAUUUUUGGGUAUGGGUUUGCAGUUGGUCCCAGCAGAUGAUUUUCAAGUUUAUAACUCGUAAAUUGCAGAGUAAAUAAUGUUAUCCUUAACAAAACUUCAAUAACAGGCUAAAGCUAUCGGAAAGUCCAUAAGCCUGCCAAUUUUCUAACAAAACUGGCUCAAAAUCUCAUCGAGUGCAAGGCAGAAUUUAAGAUGAACUUGGAGCAUACAUGUUUGAUAGUCUGGCUGUCAAUGCUUUAAGAACAUGUCGUUUAGAGCUUGUGGUUUGUAUUUUGAUAUAGUCUUGUAUCAGAUAUUAAAUUGACACGCCGAAAAUCAUUUGUUUAA